UGAAUGUUCACUAGUCAAUCCGAAGGACGGUGAAUCUUUUCCAAUGGCGUCUCAUAUUGGAUUUUUAGAAAUAUAUCGUCAAAAGUCAAUCCGCUAAGUUAUUUGCACCUCUUACCUGAGCAACUUUUGUCGAUUAAUCUGAAAUCAUUUAUUAAGGAAGCAAGAAAUUCUCAACGACAUCGGCUGCACCCCUUUUAUUUCUUCUAUUAAAUGAUCAACCACACUCAGUUAUUGGUCUUAAUUUUCCCUUCUCUUGUCCCGCUACUUCUACCACCGUUCAGUUUUAGUUCGAUAUUCAAACAUGAUUCUUAAUCUUCUUCGUUUCUUUGUGAUUCUGGUAAUCACAUCAUUAUCAGCUCCCGCCGAUGCAAAUUGCAAUCGGGUUUGUAAAGGAAGUAGUCGUGAAAUCCCAGUUCGUUACCCGUUCGGAUUCUCCGACGGCUGUGAAAUUCGUCUUAAUUGUUCAGAUACCGGAAUAUUUAUCAUCGGUGGCAAAUACCAGGUUCUGGAUUUAACCAGCGAUUAUAUACUGAUUAAGUUGCCGGCAAAAUGCGACCGCGCAUUUAAAGACAUCCGUCAACUCAGAACCAAUAACUACGCUCUCACAUGGCGAAAUGGGUUGCUAUUGGGAAACUGUAGCUCGACGUUGAAUGAUUGUGUGGUCUCAACGAGUAUAAUCGAGGGUCACUUCAACUUACCAAGUUGCGAAUCAACGAAUGGCAGCUUAAAUUGUUACUCAGACGAUACCCGUGAUCCCGUGGAGUUUAUGAAUUUGAUUAGAUUGGAAAUGGCCGGUUGUCGGGUUUUAUACUCGUCGAUUACCUUUGAUUUUGACCGGAACACUACACAAAACUCGUCGGUGUCGAUGGGGUUUCAGUCGAUGGAGUUGGGUUGGUGGGUGGAAGGGGAUUGCUAUUGCCAUCAGAAGGCGGUUUGUAAGAACGUUUCAAUUGAUGAUGCGAGGGUGGGGUAUCGAUGCCACUGCAUUGAAGGAUACGACGGAGAUGGAUUCGGCGACGGCGAUGGUUGCCGGAGAGUGUCACAUUGCAAUGCUUCAAAGUACAUGUCUGGUGAUUGUGGUGGAACUACAAGAGUAGGCGUUCUAAUUGGAGGGGUUGUUGCCGGAGCUUCUUUAGUGUCUAUUAUCGCACUCAUUUGUUACUGCAUUAGAAAGCGAACGAUCUUCAGAAACCAAAUGAGUGCAAAACGCCUUGUUUCAGAAGCUACAGGGAGCUUCAAUGUCCCAUUUUACUCUCACAAAGAAAUUGAGAGGGCUACAAAUGGUUUCUCUGAGAAACUAAGGUUAGGUGUAGGAGCCUAUGGCACAGUUUAUGCUGGAAAACUCAACAACGAGGGGGUUGCCAUUAAAAAGAUCAGGCAUAUAGACAGUUACGGAAUGGAUCAAGUCAUGAAUGAGAUCAAGCUUCUAUCUUGUGUAAGCCACCCGAAUCUUGUACGCCUUUUAGGCUGUUGUAUUGAGAAAGGCGAGCAAAUCCUGGUGUAUGAGUUCAUGCAAAAUGGGACCCUGUUUCAGCAUCUUCAAAGAGAAAGAGGGAAUGGUCUUCCAUGGGCGAUAAGACUAACCAUUGCUACCGAAACUGCACAUGCUAUUGCUUAUCUCCACUCUUCUGUAAAUCCUCCAAUCUAUCAUAGAGACAUCAAAUCCAGCAACAUACUUCUAGAUUACAACUACAGUUCAAAAGUUGCAGAUUUUGGUCUUUCUAGACUCGGCAUGCAAGAUGAGUCACACAUCUCGACUGCACCUCAAGGGACACCUGGCUAUGUUGACCCACAGUACCAUCAAAACUUUCAUCUUUCUGAUAAGAGUGACGUUUAUAGCUUUGGAGUGGUUCUUCUAGAGAUAAUCACAGCUUUAAAGGUGGUUGACUUGUCCCGGUGUAACAGUGAAGUGAACCUGGCUGCUCUUGCCAUUGACAAGAUUGGCAAAGGUCGUGUGGAUGAGAUAAUCGAUCCAUUCUUGGAAGCAAAUGGAGAGACAUGGACAGUUUCGUCAAUUCACAAAGUAGCUGAGCUGGCUUUUCGAUGCUUGGCUUUUCAUGGGGACAUGAGGCCUUCGAUGAUGGAAGUUGCAGAGGAGUUGGAGCAGAUCAGAGUCAGUGGGUGGGCUGGAACUGAUGAUAGUAUAAACAUAGCGUCAUUGUCGGUUGCAUCAUCAUCCCCGUACAAUGGAAGUGAGAAUGCAAAGGGAGGGGGAUUAGGAAGCCAGAGACUGGUUAUUCCAUCCAAUUGUUUGAGUAAAACAAACGAAAAAGAUAGGUCCCCUGAUUCUGUGCAGGAGGCGUGGUUAAGCGAGCAGAACUCACCCUCAGCCAACAGCUUGUUGAAUAACAUCUUCUAGUAAUGCACAUAUUUCGUUUAUAACAGGUAAGUAGCCACGUGAAUAUACACACAAUUCAUAAUGAAUGCACACAAUUCAUAAUGAAUGCAUCAUGUGAGCAUCGACAAGUGUCGACAUGUUUUUGCUUGUAUUCAUUAUUCAUGAAUACUAAGAUCAUGGUACUGAAAUAUUUGCCAUCUUUUGUUUGUUCAA